AUGGCUCGUGGCGCAAAGCGCUCCCUCGAGGAGGUCGCCAACAAGUCUGACUCCGACGACGAGGACUACAGUGAUCACGCCCAAUACGCACGUUCGACCGGCCGAAAGUCGAAGCCAAGCCCCAAGAAAAAGUCGCGGCCUGCUGCAAAGAAGAGACGACGCGACUCUGACGACGGUAUCACUUCCGACGAAGAGGAGCUGUCCGAAGAUCUUUCCUUCGAUGAAGUCGAAGAAGAUUCGGAGGAGGAUGCUGAUGUCGAACGCAAUGCUCGCGGAACCGCGCGUCGCAGAACUACCCAAAGUCGUCGCCCACAAUACGAAGAGCCCGAAUCGGAGGAGGCGAUCAACGAUGAAGACGAAGAUGAUAACGAAAUGGAGAUGCCUCGACCUGCUUCACGGAAGCAUACAGUGCUCAAGUUGAAAGUUCCAGCUCGCUACUUCGAGGAGCAGCACCACCACCGUGUGACCCGCGCUCGUGGUGCUUCAGAGGAUAUCUACGCUCUUACCACUUCUGGCCGUCAUAUGGAGACCAUCAAGCGAGGCAUCCGCAGUCCAGAUGAUACUGUUACCCGCCGCCUGCUCAACAGAGGUGGCCGUGCAAAGCGCACGGUCCUCGACGAUGAAGAUGAGGAAGGCGAAGAAGUCAUUGAAGAAACCACCAUCCAAGGAUCGCAAUUGGAUGUUGGGGAAAGCGUCUUGCCUCAAUUUGGCACCGAAAGCACUCACGAACCCAUUGACCAGGAAAUGGUCGAUGAAGAUGUCGUUCCCGAGUCUGAGAAUGGGGACGACAAGAACGGUCAUUCCCAGGACGAGGAUGAAAGCCCCAAGCUCCACCGAAGAAGCAAUUUUCCCCGAGAGCCCACUGAGGAUGAUGCGAUUGAGGACACACAGCCCUACGAGGAAUCUCAGUUACGCCGAUCCAGUCGCAAGCAGCCAUCUCGAAGCUCACAGCGCAAGACAAAAGAGGAUGAAAGCGACUUUGAGCCAGAAGAGGAAGCGUCGAAUGACGAAGAAGAGGAUUUGGAAUCGGAGGCCGGUGCCUCGACUGGCAAAGGAAGCCGAGGUCGUGAGGAGGCAGAGGACAGCUCUACCAGCCGACGCGCUGGUCUGCGCAGACGAGUCCCUCAAUCCCGUGCGCCUUCUGAGGAGGCUGAAGAACUCGCUGAGGAGCUCGAAGAUCUUCGUGGUGGUCGGUACCGUCGCCGGGCCAAGCAAGAAGUUGUGUACGAAAAGCCGCGUCGAAACCGCAAGAAUGUUGAUUAUCGUCUGAUUCGCCCCGAAAUCCUUCUUCCCAACGAAGACUCUGACCCUGAAGUGGCUACUGGGUCCCCGUCCCGCCGUGGUAAGGGAGCUGGAGCGUGGCAGCGCACUCUAUUCUCAACUUCUGGCCCAUUCGGCGGUCAGGGUGCUUCCGCGCUUCUCGGUGCUCCUGGUAAUCCCAUUGCGGCUGGAGGAGUGGACAGUGACAGCAGUGAUGAUGAAGGCGGACAACAGCCUGGCCUUACUUCUGGCGGUGGAGCCCCAGCAACCCAUGCCCAGACCGGAGACACUGCUCAGCACUUGUCAGGCACGCCUGCAAACCUGGGUAAAGUCACCAACAAGCAAGCUUUGGUGGACGCAGACCCCUUGGGAGUUGACGUCAAUGUCAACUUCGACAGCGUCGGUGGAUUGCAAGGGCACAUUGAUCAACUGAAAGAAAUGGUUUCUUUGCCUUUGCUCUACCCUGAAAUCUUCCAGCGAUUUAAAAUCACGCCUCCCCGCGGUGUCCUAUUCCAUGGCCCUCCCGGUACCGGAAAGACGCUCAUGGCUCGGGCCCUCGCGAACAGCGUCAGUUCGGAAGGCAAGAAAGUUACCUUCUACAUGAGAAAGGGUGCGGAUGCUUUGAGCAAAUGGGUGGGUGAGGCCGAGCGACAACUUCGACUUCUCUUUGAUGAAGCUCGCAAGACACAGCCUAGCAUCAUCUUUUUCGAUGAAAUCGAUGGCCUGGCUCCCGUGAGAUCGAGCAAGCAAGACCAGAUUCAUUCAUCGAUUGUUUCGACUCUACUUGCAUUGAUGGACGGCAUGGACGGCCGCGGUCAGGUGGUUGUGAUUGGUGCUACUAACCGACCAGACUCUGUUGACCCUGCCCUUCGCCGCCCGGGCCGUUUCGAUCGCGAGUUCUACUUCGCACUACCCAAUUCUGAGGCUCGACGUGCAAUUCUUGACAUCCACACCAAACAAUGGGAUCCUCCUCUGCCGGACAACAUCAAAGAACAACUUGCAGACAUGACCAAGGGUUAUGGUGGUGCUGAUUUGCGCGCGCUGUGCACUGAAGCUGCAAUCAAUGCCGUGCAAAGAAGGUAUCCCCAGAUCUACAAGUCCGAUCAGAAGCUUAUUAUCGACCCCAAGUCAAUUCAAGUGGCCCCAAAAGAUUUCAUGUUAGCCAUCAAGAGACUGAUUCCUUCCUCGGAGCGGUCCACCUCAUCUGGAGCAACUGCGCUCCCUCCUAGCAUUGAGCCUCUGCUCCGUGGUCCACUGGCUGAAAUCAGGAAUUUACUGUCUGAGAUCUUACCUCAGCGAAAAAAGCUCACUGCCCUGGAGGAAGCUCAAUUUGAGGAGCCUCAGGAUGGCGAAGGUUUUAGCCGAGAGCUUCUGUUGCAGGAAUUUGAUCGCUCGCGUGUAUUCCGGCCACGGCUACUUCUCCGUGGCCCCCACGGAAUGGGUCAACAAUACCUGGCAUCUGCACUCCUGCAUGUUUUCGAAGGCCUGCACGUACAAGCUUUCGAUCUUCCCACGUUGUUGAGUGACUCGACUCGCUCCCCAGAGGCAACUAUCAUACAGCUGUUCACAGAGGUCAAGCGACACAAGCCAAGUGUGAUUUACAUUCCCAACAUUCAGUUGUGGGUUCAAACGGUCGGCCCUGCUGUGAUUUCUACCUUUGUGGGCCUUUUGCGAUCAGUUCCGCCUUCUGAUCCUGUCUUGCUGCUCGGCAUUCUGGAUUCAGCAGAGGACGAUGUCGAUGCCGCCCUGCUCAAGAAUCUUUUCGGUUACUCAAAGAAGAAUUUCUAUGAUUUGAAAUCUCCAAGUGGCGAUGCACGCCGUGAAUUCUUUGCAAAAAUCAUUGAAUAUGUCAAGACUCCUCCCAAGAAUUUCCCCAACCCGGAUAACCGCAAGCGCCGUCAGUUGGAAGAAUUGGAGGUCGCGCCACCACCACCUCCCAAACCUGAGGUGCAACUUACCAAGGAAGAGAUCAAAGCUCAGAAGAAAAAGGAUAACAACACCCUGAACCUUCUGAAACUUCGUAUCCAGCCCAUUAUGGAUCAGCUGAAGAGAUACAAGCGGUUCAGAUUCCCCUCAAUUGAAGAAUCCACAAUUCGCUACUUGUGGGAGGAAGACGAUCCCAACAUGGUCACAAGUGACAUUCCACCAGACCAGCAGAAUACAUACCGGCCGUAUGAAAAAGCAUACGACAAGCAUGGUGUGUUGGGACUUAGAGAGACUGCCACGGGCAAGUUCUUCUACAACCUGGACUUCGCAACGAUCGAAAAGCGUCUUUCCAACGGGUACUACAAACGGCCUCUCGAGUUCGUGGCCGACAUCAAGCGCAUCGUCAAGGACACGCGCCAAGCUGGCGACCAAGAACGCAUUCUGCGUGCCAACGAAAUGCUGUCUAAUGUCGAAGUUGAUGUCAACACUAUCAUCGUGGAUCAGCCAGCGCUUGUGGCAGAAUUGGAUCAAGUUUAUGCUCGUCAACAGGCUCGCGAAAAAGAAGCAGAAGAGCGUGCUCGGCGCGCCGCUGAAGAGGAAGAAAAUGCCCGUCUUGCGGAGCUUGCCAACGACCAGCAUGACAACACUGAAGCCAAUCCAUCGACCGGCCUGGGCGAGUUGCUCCCCACCAAUGGUGAUGGUCAGAACCCAGCCUCGCGUCCUGUGACGCCCAAUCAGCAGUCGAACCUCAGCUAUGUCAAUGGAGAUCAUCAAGGCGGUGGUUCAGACCUCAAUGAGCUUCGUUCUCAUGCAGCUGGUGUAAGCAAUGACACCCAACCAGAUGUAGACGGCGACGUCUUUAUGUCCAACUCCGAAGAACACUCUGGCAGCAAGGAUACCCAGGGAAGCUCGUUCGGGCCCUCUGCCCAGCCAAAGCCACCCUACUCUCACACUGCGCCGUCCCAGCAGAUUCGCCGGGAAUCCGGUCUCUCCAGCUUCUCUCAGCGGGGUCCCAUGACCCCCAUGGCUCCUGGAUCCCAGCCAAACGACUAUACCAACGAAGCAUCUACUACUCAGACAACCUCGGAUAAGAAGUCUUCCGAGUAUCUUUCUAAUCAACAAUACAACACGCAAAGCCCCAACGCCUCCAAAUUCGAAUACCCCGACCUCACCUCUUAUCCCGAUCGUGUGUCGCAGGAAGACCACCUGCCAGACACCCAGCAAGGCGGCAGCAGCCAGCCCUCUCCUCAGCCUCGUGAUGAUUUCGAUGGCAACGAUACCCUGGACAACAGCGGUUUCACUGGAAGCCAGUUCAAGCCGCAGCCCCCAUUGUUCGAUGCCCCCAACAUGCAGAGAAAUGAUCAAUCUGCGCUUAACGAAGAACCUCACGAGCCAUUGGUUCUUGACCUCGAUAUUAUUGCAAAACUCCACAACUCGCUGACACUCAUGACUAGCGGCUUCUCGGUGGAGCAGCUCGAGCAGGUCAACACGAACCUGAUGGACUCUGUAUGGCACAUGCGUGCCGAGUGGAAUCGCAACAACGUGGCCAACGCCCUCUCUAAGCGCUUCAAUGAUGUCAUGGAAGAUAUGCAGGAAAUGCAGGACAUCGGAUCUCCCAGCCAGAGGACCAAGAAUCAUUUCCAGGGAGUGAGCUUCCAGUAA